UAAGAAACUUUACUCCUAAACCGCAACUCCACACCACUUUCUGACUUAAAACACACGACUGGAUAUACAACUGAUAGCCCGACAUUCAGAGAACUUUUUUUUUCAGGAUACUUUUAGAAAAAAAACUUCUCAAUAAUAUGGGAAAAGAAAAUAUCAGUUUUUUGACAGUUUGGAUAAUUUUGGGAAAAAUCUUUGCAACUUUUUCUUCUGACCCUGAACCCACCACCAGCAACAGCACUGUGUUUGUAAACACCACAGUCACCGCUACUCCACUGCCGACCACUGCUGAAUGGAUCACAGACUUCACUGACAUUGUGUCCAAGUUCUCCCUGCGCACAUCGGAGAUCCCAGAUGAUGACAUGUGCUACAUUGUGGCCGGCAGGCCAGAGACCAUCAAAGAGUGUGAAUUCAACUCGGCAACUCAGACCUUCAUUGUGAUACAUGGCUGGACGGUAACGGGGAUGUUCGAGAGCUGGGUGCCCAAGCUGGUGUCUGCCCUCUAUGAGCGUGAGCCCAGUGCCAAUGUGAUCGUGGUGGACUGGCUGACCCGCGCCAACCAGCACUACCCGACGUCUGCAGCCUAUACCAAACUAGUUGGCCGUGAUGUCGCCAAGUUUGUUACCUGGUUACAAAACGAGCUGCAGUUGCCCUGGGAGAGGGUUCAUUUGCUGGGUUACAGUCUGGGUGCACAUGUAGCUGGAGUUGCGGGAGACCUCACUGACCAUAAAAUCAGCAGGAUCACAGGUCUUGAUCCUGCUGGUCCCACCUUCGAGCACGCAGACAACCAGAACACCCUGUCCCGAGAUGACGCCCAGUUUGUGGACGUCCUGCACACCAACACCAGGGGCUCCCCAGACCGCAGCAUCGGCAUCCAGAGACCUGUGGGCCACAUCGACAUUUACCCCAAUGGAGGCACUUUCCAGCCGGGCUGCGAUAUCCAGAAUACAUUGCUGGGGAUCGCAUUAGAAGGCAUCAAGGGACUCCAAAAUAUGGACCAGCUCGUCAAAUGUUCCCAUGAGCGCUCCAUCCACCUGUUCAUCGACUCUCUGCUGAACACCCAGCAGCAGAGCAUGGCUUACCGCUGCAACUCCAAAGACGCCUUCAACAAAGGUCUGUGCCUCAGCUGCAGAAAGAACCGCUGCAACACGCUCGGCUACAAUAUCAACAAGGUCCGCAUGGCCCGCAGCACCAAGAUGUACCUCAAGACCCGUGACAUGAUGCCUUACAAAGUUUUCCAUUAUCAAGUGAAGGUGCAUAUCUUCAGUAAGGACAGUCUGAGCUUCACGGAGCAGCCAAUGAAGAUUUCUCUGUAUGGAACACACGGAGAGAAGGAAGACAUUCCCUUUGUUCUGCCGGACCUGACCGGUAACACCACUUUGUCCUUCCUCAUCACCACCGAUGUGGACAUUGGAGAGCUGAUGUUCGUGAAGCUGCGCUGGGAGAAGGACACAAUCAUCAGCUGGUCAAACUGGUGGGGAAGUAGCAAGUUCCACAUCCGGAAACUGCGCAUCAAGUCUGGGGAGACCCAGUCCAAGGUGAUCUUCAGCGCGAAGGAAGGCGAGUUUGCCUACCUCGUCAGGGGAGGAGAAGAUGCAGUCUUUGUCAAGUCAAAAGAAGACAACCGGAGCCGUAAAGAGAAACUGAUGCACAAGCUGAAAGUGCAGGGCAGCCUUUUUGGGCAGAACGACGCUUGAAGUUGCACUUGAACACGCACACAUCCACCCAUCAUGCACAUCAUCCAUCUGUAGAUACAUAGCCAAAGAUAGACAGCACCCAGCUCAACACUGGGAACGCCUUUGCAAGUUACUCAAUAUAUACCGAAUGCUGUGUUUUUUUUCUUCUAAUUUCCCUCCUCUUGUGCCUCAUGACUUCAACUCCCACACAACAACCUCAUCCACAGUGCUGGAAAUGAGUCUGCUCACAAGCUCUCUUCUGUCUCUGCAAAUUCUGCUGCUGAAAAAUGUUACUUUGUGAUGAUGUGCUCACAUUUGACAAAAUGCUAAGCUUUUGCUGCAUAUCUUUGUAAUCAUUUGUUUAUGUGUUUGAAGCCUAUAUAUACUGUUUAUACUGAUUCUGAUGUAUUUUGAACUGUAUUUUUUGCCUAUGUGAACUUGGAUUAUUGCAAAUGUAGAAAUGAUUCAUAGUGAUAGGCAUAAUUUAGGCACAUGCUUCUGUUUUUGUUUGUUUUUUAUGUACAAAAUUAUCAUAUUGUCCCUAAAGUUUGUCUUUACCUAACCACUAAUUGCCUACAAUCAACAGGGACCAAAGAAGUAUUUACUAUCUACUGAAGAGAGAAUCACAGCGGUCUUUGUAAAUACCUUUUUAAAUCAGUAUUUUCUUUUUUUUUUUUAAAUAUGAGUCGUGUUAAUAUCUGAUCUCUUGAAGCCUUGCUUGUUCUUUGAUUGCGUUUUGGUUAUUGUGUCACUGGUCACUUUAAAAAGGCUCUCUGUCCCCUGCAGCCAUUUAGAUGUUAAGGUCAUUAAGAUUGCGGUCCAACAGGGAUAUGCAUUUUUUAAUUGAGGUAUCUUUUUAAAUUAAAUUUGUAUUGAGGUUACUUUUUUAAAUGUUAAAGUAAUGGCUAGGUGCUCCUUAAUUACUUAAUGAAUGGGUCAACAGUGUCUCACCUGCAACAGUUUACCUCAUUGACUAAGCUCAGUCUACAAGGUGCCCCUAUUUUGAAAGGUCAAACAUGAAAAUGAAUAUGCAAGCCUUGGUGAUUUGUGAUGGACUGACCUACAUGAUAGCCAUAAUACAUCUCAAGAAUACGUCAUAUUGUAUUUAUUGAAUGUACAUUUAUAUAUUUGUAUAUUAAGCUGUAAUAUAUUUUGGCAGGCUUCCAUUGUCCUCUGUAUUUUUAUAGAUGAAGCGUUUUGUGAUUUUAUGCACAAAGCUUUGGAAAGAACGAUCAAAUUGGUCUUCAUUCCAGCUGUUCGGUGCAUUUACUUUUAUGUACUGAAAUGCAGUGCACUGUAUAAAUAAAGAGCCCAGGAUGGUUUAAUAAAAGAUAAAUCACAUAUUUCAAUA